AUGGGCAUCGCCGCUUUCUUCUCUGGGUUUUGUUUUCCAAAAGUUGUUCACGGGAAGUGGUGGGGUGGGAGGGGAGGUGGCGGGGGGGCGGUCCCCAGCGACUCGGACACCGGCCGCCGACGGGCUCUGAUCUUGCCAGUGGUCCUGCAGGCACCCGGCAACCACCAGCUCCCUCACCGCAUCACCAACUUCUUCAUCGACAACAUCUUGCGGCCGGAGUUCGGCCGGAGGAAGGACCCGGGGACUUGCACGGGCGCCCGGGGAGGCCGGGGCGCGGAGGAAGGAGCUGGAGGAGGCGGCGGCGCCAGCGGCGCCGAGGGAGGCGGGGUCGCAGGCGGCGCCGAGCCGCUCCUGCGCGCAGGCGGUCGGGAGCCCCGGCACCACCCUCCGUCUGCACCCGGAGCCGGCGGGCCGCUGCCGGGCUGCGAGGGCGACUCUGCGGGAGACGGCGAAGGAGGCUCGAAGGCUCUCGGGUUGCACAGCGGAACCAAGAAAAGCGCCGAUCCCGGGGGUCCCCUGGACGCCACGCUGAAGCCCCGCGCCUUGAGCGGAGGUGACCUGUCGGUGAGCUCGGACUCGGACAGCUCGCAGGCCAGUGCCAACCUGGGCACGCAGCCCAUGCUCUGGCCAGCCUGGGUCUACUGCACGCGCUACUCGGACCGGCCUUCUUCAGGCCCCAGGUCUCGCAAACCAAAGAAGAAGAACCCGAACAAAGAGGACAAGCGGCCGCGCACUGCCUUCACCGCGGAGCAGCUGCAGAGGCUCAAGGCGGAGUUUCAGACCAACAGGUACCUGACCGAGCAGCGGCGGCAGAGCCUGGCGCAGGAACUCAGCCUCAACGAAUCACAGAUCAAGAUUUGGUUUCAGAACAAGCGUGCCAAGAUCAAGAAGGCCACGGGCAACAAGAACACGCUGGCUGUGCACCUCAUGGCCCAGGGCUUGUAUAACCACUCCACCACAGCCAAGGAGGGCAAGUCGGACAGCGAGUAGGGGACGGGCGGCGGGCCGGCGCUGGGAUCCCAUUUACAGUCCACGUUAAACAAUGCAAUAAUUUAAAAAAACAUAAAGGGCCAGUGUAUAAAGAUUAUACCAGCAUUAAUAGUGAAAAUAUCGUGUAUUAGCUAUGAUUCUGCAAUAUUCUAUGUAUAUAUAAUUUACAGGUGGUGUAAAAUCCAAAAUAACUGACUAUAAAAUAUUUUUUGAGUUUUUUUGUGUUUAUGAGACUGUGCAAAUUUUAUGAUUUUUUUUUGCAAGGGGGGCUGUUUAGGAUUUCAUCUUUUUUAAUCCCCAAACUCCAUUUUGGGACAUUGGAUACUUUUUUUUAUUAUUACUCAAAAGAAGGAAAAAUUAAAACAACUUGCUGAAGUCCAAAGAUUUUUAUUGCUGCAUUUCACACGACUGUGAACCGAAUAAAUAGCUCCUAUUUGGUCUCUGA